UUUUUGUCUUAACGAACCAUCGCGCGACGGCUAAGAUUAGUUGUCGGGAAACAACAAAAUAGAGAGCGAAGGUUUUGCUGCAAAAUGGAGAAAGCGAACCAGAAACACGCGGCUGACUCGUUCUCCAGCGAGGAUUUGAUCUCUCCGCGGGUGAAGAAGGCUAAGAAGUCAGAAGAGACCGGAUGUGACAGUAGUAAAGAUCCGAGAAUCUCCAGUGGCGCAGGAGACGAGAAGCAGGAGAUUCCCGUAGGUGGAGAAGCCGUAGGUAAUAGAGCGGAGGAAGAAGGUAGCUCGAGCUGUAUAAGUGAGGAGAAGAAGAAAGGAUUUGUCUUUGAAGCUGAUGUUGCUGAAGACAAAGGAGCAAGGCAGACAAUGGAAGAUGUUUCGGUUGUUCUGCCCGAUGCUUCUUUGGAUCUCCCAGGGAAUCUUAGGUGUGGUCAUUUUGCGAUAUAUGAUGGGCAUGGUGGUCGUUUAGCUGCAGAGUUUGCUAAGAAGCAUCUUCACCUCAACGUUCUUUCAGCUGGGUUACCACGUGAGUUGCUGGACGUCAAAGUUGCUAAGAAAGCCAUACUUGAUGGUUUCCGGAAAACUGAUGAGUUGCUCCUACAAGAAAGUGUUUCAGGAGGAUGGCAAGAUGGCGCCACAGCAGUGUGUGUCUGGAUAGUUGAUCAAAAGGUUUUCAUUGCCAAUAUUGGUGAUGCUAAGGCUGUUUUGGCACGAUCCUCUCCUACCGACGAAUCAGGGAAUCAUACAGAAGCAUGUUCUCCACUCAAAGCAAUCGUUUUGACGAGAGAGCAUAAAGCCAUUUAUCCACAGGAGCGUUCUCGCAUUCAAAAGUCAGGUGGUGUUGUAAGCUCAAAUGGAAGGUUACAAGGACGUCUUGAGGUUUCUAGAGCUUUUGGUGAUCGUCAAUUCAAGAAGUUUGGUGUCAUUGCAACUCCGGACAUUCAUGCGUUUGAAUUGACUGAGAGAGAAAACUUCAUGAUUCUUGGUUGUGAUGGGUUGUGGGAAGUGUUUGGACCAAGUGAUGCUGUUGGAUUUGUUCAGAAACUCUUGAAGGAUGGGUUGCCUGUAAGCACAAUCAGUCGGCGUCUUGUAAAGGAAGCUGUUAAAGAACGUCGUUGCAAAGACAAUUGCACAGCGAUCGUGAUUGUCUUCAAACGCGAAUGACCAAACGAAAAGCAUGUGUGCUGCUGACAAGUGUUUUUCUUUUUUUUGGUUUUUGGCUUUGUUUGAAGAGUUUCAAACUUUUUGUUGCUACACUUCUUUUUACAUGUCAGUGGAUCUGUUAUACAUUUGGACCGCCGUUAGAAGAAAAAAAAUGAGUUUGAAGACUGAACACUUGAACA